AUGAACAUCAUCUACUCGACCGUCAACACGCUCCGCGACAAGUACACGCCUGUGACGCACACGUCGACCUUCCGAAAGACGGGCCAGAUCACGCCCGACGAGUUCAUCGCGGCCGGCGACUACCUCGUGUUCAAGUUCCCGACCUGGGCGUGGGCCGACGCCGACCCGGAGAGCAGGCGCGUGGGCUACCUGCCGCCCGGCAAGCAGUUCCUGGUGACCCGCAACGUCCCCUGCCACCGCCGCCUCGAUGCAGACUUCGCCGGAGAUGCGGGCCACGAGGAGGCGCUGGUGGGCGACGGCGACGACUUCAAGGGCGCGGGCGCGGGCGCAGGGGCCGGGGCCGGGGCCGGGGCCAACGACGACGAGGACGGCUGGCUGCGCACGGGCGGCCUGAGCAGCUCGCAGCCUCUCAAGGCGCGGGAGGUGCGGACGGUGGACGACGCAGGCAACGUCGGUGAUGGGGGAUUCGUGGACGACGAUGACAUUCCGGACAUGGAGGACGAAGACGACGACGAAGCCAUCAUCAGAGACGCAGAGGGCGAAGGCAGCAACAGCGGACGCCGAACAUAUACCCUCUACAUCAUGUACUCGCCGUACUACCGAACACCGCGACUCUACAUGUCGGGCUAUCUGCCGAACGGCCAGCCACUUGCUCCCCACCUCAUGAUGGAGGACAUUGUCGGCGACUACAAAGACAAGACCGUCACGCUGGAGGACUUCCCCUUCUUCGCCAACAACAUCAAGAUGGCUUCUGUGCACCCCUGCAAGCACGCGCCGGUCAUGAAGACACUCCUCGACCGGGCGGAUGCAGCCUUGAAGAUACGGAGAGAGAAGCUCAAGGCUGGCGUCGUGACGGGGGGCCAGGGCAUGGAGGGGCUGGUCGACGAGAUCAACAAGCUGGACGUGUCUGGCGUGGAGGCUGCCGCGGACAAGGCGAGCGAGAAUGAAUGGGAGGAGGUGCAGCAUGAACCUGACGACCAAGAGGUCGCGAUUAGGGUGGAUCAGUACCUCGUUGUCUUCCUCAAGUUCAUUGCCAGUGUCACGCCGGGCAUCGAGCACGACUUCACAAUGGGUGUCUGA